AUGUCAUGGAUCGAUGACUUAUUUGACGAGCUCCAGGGUGCAGCAGUCUUCUAUAAGAUAUACUUGAGGUCAGGGUAUCACCAGUUAAGGAUUAGGGAGUCAGAUAUACCUAAGACUGCUUUCGGGACUCAAUAUGAGCACUAUAAGUUCUUAGUCAUGUCUUUCGAGUUGAAUAAUGCCCCUGCAGCAUUCAUGGAAUUGAUGAACCAUAUGUUCAGGUCCAACUUGGACUCAUUUGUCAUCACGUUCAUUGAUGACAUUCUAGGCAGAGUACUUGCUUGUGUAGAGGCUAGGUCUUUCUUGAUGGAGCAGAUUCGGGCACAACAGUUUAAGGACCCACAGCUGAGGGUGAUUCAUGAUAAGUUACUCAGUGGGAAUGCUAGGAAGGUUACCUUAGAUCCGGAGGGCAUUUUGAGGAUUGAGGGUCGUAUCUGUGUUCCUAGAAUUAGAGAGCUAGUUAAGAUCAUCCUUGAAGAGACCCAUUGUUCCAGAUAUUCCACUCAUCUCAGUGCGACAAAGAUGCAUCGCGAUAUACGACAGCAUUACUGGUAG